AUGGGCUUCGAAGAUGCAAGAAUCGCCAUCGUUGGCGGAGGCCUUGGUGGCAUGUCCUUCGCCAACGCUGCUCUUCACGUUGGGCUCACGAAUGUCGAGCUAUAUGAGCAAGCACCACAGUUCACCGAGGUCGGGGCCGGCGUCAAUAUCACCCGAAAUGCCAACCGGAUCCUGGAUGCGUAUGGCCUUAAAGACUCUAUGCUGUGGAAGUCCUCGCGUAACCCACCGUGUUACAUGGAAUAUCGUCAAUACAAGACGGGUCAAUACCUGGGCCAAAUCGACGAGUUUGGUCAACCGGCGUCUCGGCAAAUUCAUCGAGCACAUCUACUAGAUGCACUGAAGGAACGGAUUCCAGACUCAGUCCUCAAUACCGGCAAAAAGCUCGUGUCUCUCAAAUACACAGGAUCCGAGUAUGAGCUGAGCUUCGAAGACGGCUCUACAGCCACGGCUACCGUUGUUAUUGGCUGCGACGGGAUCAAAUCGGUGAUCAGACAGCAUCUUGGUAUCACUGACUCCCCAAUCUACUCCGGCCAGGUGGUCUACCGGGGCUACGUACAGUAUAGCGAUUUGUCGCCGGAAGCCGCCGAGAUAUUUCGCAAAACUGUGGUUUUCCGUGGUCACCGUAAGCACAUUCUGACACUUCCCAUUGGGAAUGACGAGUCAAACACUGCCAGAAUCGGCGUUAUCGGCUUCAUGAGCGAAUCACUCAGCGAUUGGAAAUCCGAGAGCUGGAUGGCGACGGCGCCGAUUGAUGAACUACAAAAGCACUGUGAAGGCUGGGCCGGACCAAUUCAGGAACUCAUCCAGGGACUUCGGAAAUCAUCUCCAGAUGGCAGGAUGUUGAAGCAAGCCCUCUAUGUCCGAGCGCCGAUAGAUACUUGGUUCCAUGUCGAACAAUCCAACCAUUCGCAUGGUAUCGUUCUAUGUGGUGACUCCGUUCACUCGACAUUGCCGCACCAAGGUCAAGGUACAGGCAUGGCCAUUGAGUCUGGCAUCACCCUCGCCACUAUCCUGAAGAGCUGGAAAGCGGGUGAUGAUCUGAGGCCAGCAUUCCAGUUAUAUCAGGACAUUCGCAAACCACGGACUGACAAAGUCACAAAGACAAGCUACGAAGCUGGGCUGUUAGCAUCCGCUGAUUUGCCUGAAGGAUUUACCGACACCUUCAAGCCCGAACUCCUCAAGGAAAGAAUGAAGUGGAUCAUGGAGGCUGAUGUGCUGGAUGAUCUGUACCGACGAGGUGCGCCGUAUUUUGAGCCCAAGGAAUCGGAAGGUGAAGCAAACCCCAGUCCUGUACAAGCCAAUUUAUGA